AUGGGAAAUAAUUUUUGUUAUUCCAAGAGCGGAAUGCAAUCGACGAUGUCUCAAUUAUUAUGCGAAUAGAAAUUUAAUGGAUGUGAUGUGCUUUUAACGGCGGGGAACAUUGAGAAUGAGUCAGUAGAUUGUAUAGUUUGGCCAACUGAUUAGCAAUUUUCAAAUGUUCCUUAGAAUGAUAAACCUACAUUUAUACCGGCGAAUGGGAAUUGCAUUUUUGUAGGAUCAACCAAAAAGACCAAAAAAAAUUAUAUAUUGGCUGUUGUUCAAGAAAAUAAUGAAAUGAGUUUCUAGGAUUAGUAGGAUGAAGAGAGGCAAUUAAUAUAUGAGACCAUUCAGAAUUGUCUGAAGAUGGCAAAUGCCCGAUAAAUGAGAUCUAUAGCAUUUCCAGUAUUCUAAUAAAAAGACCAUACUACAUCGGCAACAAUAAUGAUUAUGGCUAUCAAAUUGUUUAUCACUGAAUAGAAGUCGGAUUCAGUUACUAAAAUCUGUAUUUCAUUGAAUCAAAUUGAAUAGGUGGCUAGUUUUAAGUGGGUAUUUCAGCAGGUAUUCGAACAGCAUAACUCGACCAAAUCCAAAUCGUACUCAAGUACAAUAAAUCCUACUUUUAUGGAGGAAUUCAAAUCGAUAAGGUUAAUUUAAUAAUAAGCUGUGAAAGAAGGCACUCCUUGA